AUGGUACCAUUUUCAUACCUUAGACGCGCAAAAGGUUCGGGUGUGUUGAGGCGGUUGCUGGAACUGGACGACAGCGUGCUGCCGCAGACCAUCAAGUUUGUGGCUGCAAAGGCGCUUAAAGACCGCAACAUCCCGCCUCAGGCGGUACACAGCCACCUUUCCGGCGGCACCAGUGCCAAGUGUGCGGCACGCGAGCCCGCAGCACGCGACUACGGCCGCGACGUCGCCGCGUUAAUCCAGGAGAAGGUCGCACACACCAGCGCCGAACAAUGGACGCCCAGCGCCAUCAUAACCGUCGUCUACUACCUCUCCGAGUCAGGUGUGCGUCUGGAAGCCGCGACCAGGGAGCUGUUCGUGAGGAAGGUGGCCGACGCUGAGAAUCUCAACAUCAUCGACCUCUGGCAGGCGCUCACUGCCGCCAGCAGGUCACGCCUGGACAUCCCAGUCGGCCGGCUCAAGCGGCACCUGGAAUCCAACGCAGAAACUCUGCUUCGUCCGUCGAGAUGCAGGAACGUGUACUCGGCGUUAAGGGCGUUCUCUACAUGCGGGGAGGCGCUCGACCCCCUGACGCUGCAGCAGAUAGCGUCGCAUUACCUCAAUAAAAUGAGCGCCGCCGUUGAUUUCAAGGACGCCUCUAACUUCGCCAAUGCGCUGGCUGCGCAAGCCAGCAUACUGUGGGCGCGACGCAAGAAUGAAAGCAUGGAUGGCGGAGGGAGGGCAGCUCACGUUGGCGCCGCACUGGCUGACGCAAUAGACGGGGUCAUUGAUCACACUCUAAUGCGCGCGAAUGACAGCGAUGCUGAUGUAGAGGGAAUCGCGGAUACUUUUGACGCCGUCGUUCAGACGAUGCAGUGGACGAAAUUCAGUGACGAGACGUACGCCCGCCGGGUAGCGCAAAUGCAGCAUCUGGUAUCCGGCAUCAACAGCCGCAUCGGCGCAGUGGGCGUUUCAGCUGUCGCCAGUUCCGGUCAUGAGUCGCGUGGUAAUCCAAAAGCGGCGCAGAGAGCGGAACCCAGGGUACUGCGGGUGGUGCUGAGGUGCCUGGUACGAGCUGGAAUCCACCACCCGGAGCUGAUCGACAAAGUCUUGCACUUGUAUCGCACACAACCGCAAUCGUGGAGCGCACACGGGACGGCGGAGGUGCUCAGCUGCGCAGCCUUCUUCGGGCUGCGAGACACGGCAGUGGGAGACGUAGCAGAGCACGUCAGCGACCAUUGCCUAAGGAAUCUUCUGCGACACGUACCUCCAUCGCGGAUUCUGGUGGAUGCGUGCGUUUCCGCGGCCCAGGCUGUCGACGAAAGCUGUCGCGUACGACUUCACCGACUGGCGGCCAAGGCCCUGGCUCACGUGGAUUCCAUCGAUGAGCGCGACCUUGCGCUAGCCAUGCUGACUCUACAGCUCUCCCCCGGCGCUUUUGAGAGUAUGCCGCUCAGCACGAUCGGCCAAGUCGCCAAACGGCUACGACGCCGUGCCGUCGCUAUACGAGUACACACGUGCACACCAAAAGCGCCGACAUUCGAGGCGGCGGAAAGCGCUAGUGCAAUCUUCCACGCGCAGUUCAGCGAGACAUGCGAAAUUAACCUUGAAUAG